AUGUGCUGGUCUUUCAACUUCGGCUUUCCGGGCAACAAAAAGCGCAAGAGCUCGCCGCCGUCGUCGAACGAAAAGAAGAGACGGGACCGACCGGCGGAUAGCGCGCUUCAUGGAGAAGGGAGGCCAGUUGCUGUUGAAUAUUCGGAGAAGCGUAGUUCGAAGGAGUCGAGCAGGAAGAGAAGAUCUGGUGACUCUACCCCGCGCUCGCCGCGUCACGAAAGAGAAAGGGAGGAGCAUCGCCCACGAUCGCAACAUCACUACGAAUAUGCAUACCGAGAGCGCGAAAAGUACCGUCCUGCCCCGGACGUCAAAGUGCCACAGAUGUAUCGACAUGCACGUGAGCCAAGCAGCGUCAACUCAUCUCAAGAGGCUCUGCUGAACCCACGACCCCAUCGAAGCCAACAUCAUCGGCGGCGGCACCCAAAGCAAACGUCGCAAAGCACUCUACGCGGGCGUGGGGCAAAGCGCGACCCUGUAAGGCACACGAAGUCCAAGAGGGAUAUUCGACCUGAACCUUCUCGCGGGUGGUCACUCUUUGCGCCCUCGCCGCCGAAGACGCCAAAACGUGAACAUCGUAAUUACCAGACCUUGGACGCUUCGCCGCGUAGCCAGCGGUCAUCGCGCCAGCAUCGCUCCUCGACUGUAUCUCAGGCGAGUCCAGGGUCAUCGCGGUCUCAGAACCGCCACCACCGUUCUCGUCAGCACGAGCAGUCAGCUUCUUCUUCGCGCCAAGCCCGCUCUCGUACACCGAACACAGCUGCUCGUCGCGUGCCCGACAGACGGUUUGCCGUACUCGCUGCCACCAACCAGGCGCUUGAGGAAGUCCGACAAGAGGCAUUUGCGCAGUCACCCCCGCCUCAGCGACGAGAGAGGCUGCGACGGUACGAAGGUGUUACCAUUCCGACAUCGCAGAUACCUUUCAACUGGGAUUGCCCUUCUUCCUCAGGCUCCUCACUCAGCUCGCCUUCUAACUGGCCACGGAGCAACUCCCUCAGUAAUUUCGGCGCACAGUUCAACUCGAGUGAUGCGCAAAUGUACAUUCCCAUUUUUCAGAGAUGCGGGAGAUGCAAAUUGUGGGAGAUGCUGGAGAUGGGAAAGGUGUUCGGAGAUUUUGACCGAAAUACAGGUCUGGCCGGCCCGCCGGGUGAUUUGUGGGGGCCGAGGGGCAUGGCGGGUGGGGGCGGUUUUUGA